CUGAUCAGUGCUGUGGUAUUCUGCCACAGAGGAAGAGGAGGAGGAGAGACCUUGACUGGGGUUAGAAAAAAGAGCGAAGUGAGAGAAAGAUUGAUAGAAUACAAAAAAAGAAGAAUGGAAAAGAAAUGUCUUCUUCAUUUCAUGGACAACCAGGUACUCGUGUGAAGAGAGGAGCUCUGUGGAAAGAUGUGAGAGCUGCUGCAUGGGUAAAAAUCUGAGGAAGAAACACUUGAAAAGAGGAUCUGGGGAAAAACAACAACGGCAGUCCUUGGCCAUCGUUGAUUCAACAGAGGGUCGAGGAAUCCUAAGGAAAGAGGAGUGAUGUCUUGGCUGUCACCGGUGUCAUGGGCCAAAUGGACGUGGACAACAGUGCGAGGGGGAGAGGGAGAAGCGGAGGAUGAAGAGGGGCAGGAGGCCAGUGAGGAGAGGGAGCGAAGACAGGAGGAGGAGGAGGAGGAGGACAGAUCACAGGGCUGCAGCUCUGACUCAGAGGGUAAUUUUGGCACCCCUGAAGCAGUAACUCCUGUCCGCACCCUUUCGACCAUCCAGGGAGAGCUGGAGAACAACAACACUGAUGCAGACAGACCAGACUUGGAUGAGGAAGAACACCUGAUAGUGACUGCUCCUGUCGAGGAUCAGGAUAGUUUCCCCAGCCACAGCAUGGGUCAAGAUGAGCCUGCAGUGCCCAUGGGUGGCCCUCUGGAGAUAAACAUGCAGACGCUAGAAGCAGAACAAGCAGAUGAUCAUCCAGAAGCUUCAGGCUCUGUUCCUGUCUUUGAUUCACCAUUAAUGAAGGCGACUCCUCAGCUCUCUAAAUGCACAGCACUACCCUCUGAGCUAACCCAAGCCCCAGCCACUAUCCUAGUCACUGAUCCUAUACUGGAUCUGGCUGCUGAAACAGCACCAACUCAAGUACCUGCCCUUGCCCCUGCCCCUGCCCCUGCUCCAUUCUUAGCUCCAGCUCCAGCACAAGCACCUGCUUCAGCUACUGCUUCUUAUUCUGUUGCAGUACCAGCUUCAACUCCAGAACCAACCCAAGUACCACACUCAGAACUGAGCAGUGAACCUGCACCCUACCGAUCUCUGGAGCCCCCAGAGGAAAAACGUCAUGCUGUUUCAGAAUCAGAGUCCAAUGGCUCCCAGUCAAAGCCUCAAAAGACUAAAACCAACAAAUCUAAGUGUCCAUCUCUGAAAACAGAUGCUACAUUGAACGAGAUCACUCAGACAAAUGAGGAACAAGAACGUCCGGUUCCAAAGGACACGUACAACUGUGACCACGACCAGCUAGAUAACAUCUCUAACCCUUUUACCAGGGGUGGAUCCAAAAUCCCUAACUCUCCUUUAGAGGAGAAACCUCAUGCUGUUUCAGGACCAGAGUCCAGUGGCUCCCACAAACACACAGAGCCUACUGAAAAGACUAAAACCACAGAAACCAAGCCUGCUUCUCUGAAAAUGGAGGAUACAAUGAGUGAGGACACUCAGACAAAUGAGGAACAUGAACAUCCGAUUCCAAAGGCCACGUACAACUUUGACCCUGACCAGCUAGAUAACAUCUCUAACCCUUUUACCAGGGGUGGAUCCAAAAUCCCUAACUCUCCUUCAGAGGAAAAGCCUCCUGCUAUUUCAGAACCAGCGUCCAAUGACUCCCCCAAACAGUCAAAGCCUACUCUAAAAAAAACUAAAACCAGCCAAUCUAAGCCUCCAUCUUUGAAAAUGGAUGCUACAUUGAAUGAGAUUGUUCAGGCAAGUGAUGAACAAGAAUAUCCUGUUUCCAAGGCUACAUAUAACUUUGAGCCUGACCAGCUGGAUAACAGCUUCAACCCUUUUACCAUGGGUGGAUCCAAAAUCCCUAACUCUCCUUCAGAGGAAAAGCCUCCUGCUAUUUCAGAACCAGCGUCCAAUGACUCCCCCAAACAGUCAAAGCCUACUCUAAAAAAAACUAAAACCAGCAAAUCUAAGCCUCCAUCUUUGAAAAUGGAUGCUACAUUGAAUGAGAUUGUUCAGGCAAGUGAUGAACAAGAACAUCCUGUUUCCAAGGCUACAUAUAACUUUGAGACUGACCAGCUGGAUAACAGCUUCAACCCUUUUACCAUGGGUGGAUCCAAAAUCCCUAACUCUCCUUCAGAGGAAAAGCCUCCUGCUAUUUCAGAACCAGCGUCCAAUGACUCCCCCAAACAGUCAAAGCCUACUCUAAAAAAAACUAAAACCAGCAAAUCUAAGCCUCCAUCUUUGAAAAUGGAUGCUACAUUGAAUGAGAUUGUUCAGGCAAGUGAUGAACAAGAACAUCCUGUUUCCAAGGCUACAUAUAACUUUGAGCCUGACCAGCUGGAUAACAGCUUCAACCCUUUUACCAUGGGUGGAUCCAAAAUCCCUAACUCUCCUUCAGAGGAAAAGCCUCCUGCUAUUUCAGAACUAGAGUCCAAUAGCUCCCCCAAAGAGUCACAGCCUACUCAAAAGACUAAAACCAGCAAAUCGAAAUCUCAGUCCCUGGAAACUGAUGCUACAUUGAGUGAGCUCUCUCAGGCAAAUGAUGGAAAAGAAAUUAUGUAUCCCAAGGCCACAUACAACUUUGACCCUGACCAACUGGAUAGCAGCAUUAACCCCUUGACCAAGGGUGGAUCCAAAAUCCCUAACUCUCCUUCAGAGGAAAAGCCUCCUGCUAUUUCAGAACCAGCGUCCAAUGACUCCCCCAAACAGUCAAAACCAACUCAGGCAAAUGAUGGAAAAGAAAUUAUGUAUCCCAAGGCCACAUACAACUUUGACCCUGACCAACUGGAUAGCAGCAUUAACCCCUUGACCAAGGGUGGAUCCAAAAUCCCUAACUCUCCUUCAGAGGAAAAGCCUCCUGCUAUUUCAGAACCAGCGUCCAAUGACUCCCCCAAACAGUCAAAACCAACUCAAAAAACUAAAACCAGCAAAUCUAAGCCUCCGUCUUUGAAAAUGGAUGCUAUAUUGAAUGAGAUUGUUCAGGCAAAUGAGGAACAAGAACUUCCAGUUCCCAAGGCUACAUACAACCUUGACCUUGACCAGCUGGAUAGUAGCUUUAACCCCUUUACCAAGGGUGGAUCCAAAAUCCCUAACUCUCCUUCAGAGGAAAAACCUCCUGCUAUUUCAGAACCAGCAUCCAAUGACUCCCCUAAACAGUCAAAGCCUACUCAAAAAACUAAUACCGGCAAAUCUAAGCCUCCAUCUUUGAAAAUGGAUGCUACAUUGAAUGAGAUUGUUCAGGCAAGUGAUGAACAAGACCAUCCUGUUUCCAAGGCUACAUACAACGUUGACCUUGACCAGCUGGAUAACAGCUUCAACCCUUUUACCAAGGGUGGAUCCAAAAUCCCUAACUCUCCUUCAGAGGAAAUACCUCCUGCUAUUUCAGAACCAGCAUCCAAUGACUCCCCCAAACAGUCAAAGCCUACUCAAAAAACUAAAACCAGCAAAUCUAUGCCUCAAUCUCUGAAAACGGAUGCUACAUUGAAUGAGAUUGCUCAGGACCAAGAACAUUCUUUUUCCAAGGCUACAUACAACUUUGAGCCUGACCAGCAGGAUGACAGCUUUAACCCCUUGACCAGGGGUGGAUCGGAAAUCCAUAACUCUCCUUGUGAGGAUAAACCUCAUGUUGUUUCAGAACCAGAGUCCAAUGGCUUCCCCGAACAGACAGAGCCUAUUAAAAAGACUAAAACCAUAAAAUCUAAGCCCCCAUGUCUGAAAAUGGAGACUACUUUGAAUGAGAUUGCUCAGGCAAAUGAGGAACAAGAACUUCCAGUUCCCAAGGCCACAUACAACUUUGACCCUGACCAGCUAGAUAACAGCUUUAACCCUUUUACCAGUGGUGGAUCAAAAAUUCAGAACUCUCCUCCACCAUGUGGUUCAAACUCUCUAACACGGCUUGAGCCACUUGGUAGCUCAUUACCUGUCUGUGAGCGCAGCACAGCAGCAGAAGCAGAGGUGAUGGAGCCUUCAUCCGAGACAAAACCUGUGAUGUUGGAGUUUAGCCUGGAUGAGGGGAAGGUCAGCAAGCCACCUCCGAGGAAACUGGGUGGAAAAAAGACAACCAGCAAAUUCGGAGCUAAGAAGCAGAGGCCCAAAGGAUCAGAGGCUUCAUGCAAACCUGCACAAGAACCUACAGUGUCAGAACCAGCAUCUCAACCAAUACCAGAACCAGUGUCCCAGUCAAUAUCAGAACCAGUUUCAGAUCCUCUUCCAGAAACUGCUUUGCCAGUUUCAGAAAAUUUAGAAACUCUGAACCUUGACGAUAUUCCCACUAAAUCAGGAGCAUAUAACUUUGAUCCCACUCAGUGGGACGAUCCAGACUUCAAUCCGUUUGGUAGUAAUAGCAAGGUUAGCAGCUCUCCGGUGCUUCCUAAGGGCUCCUACAGCUUUGACCCAGACACUUUUGAUGACUCUGUGGACCCUUUUAAACCCUCCAAGAGCCUGAGCACAGAGGAUUCAUCUAGCAGUGCUGCUCAGCCUGAGAAGAUGGUGAAAGAUGGAGGCAAACAGAAAGCUGGGCACUUGUCCAGUGAGAAGAAAGUGAGGCAGAUUCCCAAAAAAGGCAAAGAGAAGACAAUUACGAAUUCCUGCAAAGUACAGAAAUAUGAUGAAAGCCAGUCUUUGGUGCUUGACGUGUGCAAUCAGGAGGAAGACGAGGUGGUAGUUCAGACUCCAGAGAUCACACAGCGGGUUCAUCACGCCACAGAUGAGGAGAAGUUAGCCUCCACCGGCAUCACGGGCCAAAUCACAGACCCCCCAGACGAGAGAGGAGAACCUGAAUACAAAAAAGCACCAGUACAAAAACAGCCAAUCAGUGAUGAUCCUGAGCCCAAGCUUUCCAGACACCAGGAGGAGAAGGAGACCUGCAGCCUGAAAGAUGAUAUAAGCGAGAUAUCCAUGAAGCCAACAACAAAAGUGACCAGCAGUGACGCAGGAGACGCAGGAGCACUGAGCCAGGACACCGAACCUCUGAGUGAGAUGGACAAGGCAGCUGUUCUCACUCUGAUCAGAGAAGAGAUCAUCACCAAAGAGAUUGAGGUCAGCGAGUGGAAGAGAAAGUACGAGGAGAGCCGAGCUGAGGUUUUUGAGAUGAGGACAAUUGUUGGAGAAUAUGAGAAGACAGUCGCACAGAUGAUUGAGGAUGAGCAGCAGCAGAAGAGCCUGUCGUGCAGUAAGUCAGUGAGGCAGCUGACCUUAGAGCGAGAUCAGGCCGUUGAUGACCUCAACUCAGUGGAGCGCUCCUUGGCUGACCUCUUCAGGAGGUAUGAGAACUUGAAGGGAGUCCUUGAAGGCUUCAAGAAGAAUGAGGAGGUGCUGAAGAAGUGUGCACACGACAACCUGAUGAGGCUCAAGCAGGAGGAGCAAAGGUACCAAACGCUCAAGGUGCACGCUGAGGAGAAACUGAACAAGGCUUAUGAAGAGAUAGCCCAUGUGCGUGCUAAGGCCGACUCUGAGGGUGUCGCACUGAGCGCCAGCUUGAGGAAAGAGCAGAUGAAGGUGGAGUCACUUGAAAGUUCAGUGCAUCAAAAGAAUCAAGAGAUCGAGGAGCUCACAAAGAUCUGCGAUGAACUGAUUGCCAAAUUGGGAACACACUAAGACUCUGACUGCAGCAUGCGGUGUAACUUCUGUACAUGAGCACACGUCAGCACAUCUUUCUGUCAGCACACCAGUUUAAACAAAAGAGAUAUUAUUGAAAUACAAGAAUGUUGCACUCGCUCAAAUUAUUAUCAGGCUGAAAUAUGAAACCAGGGGAAAAAAUAUGUAAAUGAACAAGCACAACGUUAUCAUAAUGGGUAUUUUAAAUAUUGUGAAGGAGAGAAGGUAAUGGUAAUAUUCCACCUAUUAAUUAUUGACUUGACUUUAUUGACUUUAUUAUUGAUUAUUUUGUUAAAGAUUUAAAGAAUGGGGUUAAAUGAUUAAUUCAACCUGUUAUAGCAGAGAAUUCCCAGAAUCAUUUUAAAUAAUGUGGAAACCGUGGGAAAAAGAAGACAUUUAAGGACAGAACAGUGUCAUACAAUAAGGUACAGUUUCCAGGAAAGCUAAAUCACUCCAUUGACAAUGAAAAUUAGUAGUGAGAUUGUUGGCAUUUCCUUUAUAACACAGGUAUUUCAGCUCUUCUGAUUAUUUCUCCUCGCAUUAGCACAUGAGCUUCUAAAGCUGCCUUUACAUUUUGCCUUUGUUGUUUCAAAUACUUUGAAGUUAAAACACAAAGUUUUGACAUCUUGCACAUUAUGCUGCGUUAAUUAAUAAUCAGACCGUACCCCAGGUUAUGUAAUGGUCACAAUCACGAAAUUAAAUCACGUGCCAUAUUUCUUAUUCUCUCACUCUGAGUGUGGAAAAGUCAAACAAGCACAUUCUGUCGCUGCCAUGAAGAUAUUUUCAGGUAUUUCACUUGUGAGUAAAUCUUUUGCUGCUUUGUUUUGUUUACUACAUUUAAAAUCUUUAACGACUAUCUACUAUGUUAAGGCUUUUUUUUGUUGUUUUGUUUUUUUACACCUCCUCCACACUGUGUACAUAUACAGUUUGAAUGCUUCACCUGCAGUUACAGACCAAUAAGGCAUGUGCUAAUAUGUUGGAACUUUUAUAGUAAAGGCUUGUGUUUUGGGAGCAAAUCAUUAUUAGGACGUAAUGGAUCCAUAAAACAUUUUCUGAUCUGAUAUUGCUCAGAUAUAAAUCAUAUAUAUGUAUAUAGAAAUGACAGUUUCCAUCAGCACAAUCAUUUGCCAAAUGUCAGUGUAAAGUGAAGUGGGUUUCAGUGUGACUGUGUCCAGGUGCAGUGGUGUUACAGUGAGGUGCUUUUCAGUGCAAACCCAUCGUUACACACCGUUACGUGUGAAUUUUAUACGUUAUGGAAAGAGUAUUCUGAAGUUCAUUCUUAAUAUUUGUAUAAACUGAAGAUUGAAGUAUAUACCCAGAUUAUUUUGUGCAUUCCUGAAUAAAUUUAAUAUCAUGCCA